UUGUUUUGGACAUAGAUAAUCUAUGGUUUUGGAACUAUUCGCAGUUGUUCCAGACACUACCCUGAGUAGUUCCUUUGUCAGAGAUCACAUGUCUAAUGGCUCAAUUUUUUAACAAUUAAUAAUAAUGUCUUCCACAUCCAAUAAUUCAUCAAACACUGUCGAAACUUUAAUAAAGUGCAUUAACUUCGCAGCGGUAAAGCACAGAGACCAAAGGAGAUUAGACCCCGAGGACACACCAUACAUCAAUCACCCCAUAGGAGUCGCAUACAUUUUAACGAACGAGGCAAAAGUGACCGACAUUAACGUCAUUCAGGCCGCCAUUCUACAUGAUACCGUAGAAGAUACAAAUACAACAUUCACCGAAAUCGAAGAACACUUCGGUUCGAAGGUAUGUUCGAUUGUCGCCGAAGUGACCGAUGAUAAAUCGCUACCUAAACAUGAAAGGAAAGCCUUGCAAAUUGAACAUGCGCCAACUUGUAGUCCCGAAGCAAAGUUAGUCAAAUUGGCCGAUAAGUUGUAUAAUUUGAGGGAUUUGGAACGAGCUAUUCCGAGAAAGUGGACCGCUGACCGUGUCAAACAAUAUUUUAAUUGGAGUAAAAAGGUUGUGGAUGGACUAAGAGGUAGCAAUAAAUCAAUGGAAGAUAGUUUGGACGCUUUAUUUAAAAAAAGAGAAGUGAAGUAGUUAACGCUGUCUAAUUAUUAAUAAAUUUAUUUAUAAACUCGAUGUAAGGGUAGAUAUUGGUGGCGAUCGUCACUUGGGAAUCACAAUUGUAGCAUAUUUUUCCAAAUAUUACCAUUGCUACUA